GCUAGAUGCCAAUUUUUUUUAAUCUAAUUAGCCUUCGAGGCCUAAGUCUAUACGAAGAGCGGCUCUGUGUUGAUCACGGCAUGGCGGGUUUUGACAACGGGAAGAAAGACGAAAAGGGAUGCGAACAAGGGGCUGAACAAUAUCUCGUAAUGCCAUUGCUGUCUGAGACCGAGUUUGCAGAUUGCAUGGGUCACCUAAGUGAACACAGAGUGUUGGCGCUAGAUCAACGAGAUCUACCGUCGCCAACUGAACCAUCUUCUAGACAGCCUUGCAUGCGACUGAAAUCCAUCACCGCUGCGCUAGCCGUAGCUCAGGCGCCUCUCAUCUCAUGUUCUUUUUAUAUAUCACACGCAUCCGCCACAAAUACUACCAAGAUCCAUACACUCAACCGUCUAAACACCAUCAGAUCAGUCCAGUGGCUGAAAGCCCACACAGUCUGCUCCAUCUACGAGCCAGAAGAUACUUUGUACAGGCAUAUCCACCCUCUGGGACUCGCGAGCGCCAUUGCUGCCGAGGCCGAAAGGAUCAACCACAGCCUGGAUGUUGAUGUUGGCGAUGGGGGCCAAAACGAAAUGCUUCAACCGCUAGCUGCGGCUGCCCGUAAAACUCCUCAGCUAGAAACCACGUUUGCCGCCAUCCUUGGCCAUCCUCGGCAUUCUCACAGCGCAACGUUACUGGCUGCAAUUCCACGCUUCAAACAGCACAUGGCUUUUUAG